AAACUCAUAAAAAUAUAAAUAACGUGAUCUAAUAAUUAAUUUACAUCGUGAUAUAUUCCUCGAUUUAAAACAUUCGUUAAUUCGAUAAUGAUUCAAUAAAAGCAUGGUGAAUGAAUCGAAUAGGAUGUAUCCAAAAUAAAUUAUAACUAGAGAAAAUUGAAGAGAAAUCUAGGUAAGGAGGUAAACACGAAUAAAAGGGGAGAAGGAAUAAGAUAGAAAGGAUAGAAGAAAGGAGUAAUCAGUCGGUUGCACGGUCGGUCAGUUGGUUGCACGUUGAUCGUAGAAAGCAGAGUGGUUUAUAGGAAUGAUAUCGUGAGGGGCGUGCACGCAGGCGUAUUAGUGUCGCGGUUGGGGUGCUACAAGCGCAAGUCUGUCAGAGAACGGAGCAACAGAGUGUCGUUGUGUACACCCUCGCCCACGUAUCGCGACGCUCCUCGAGGAAGCGUCCACGCUUUUUUCCUGCGAUAAUAAAGCCUGUCGGAAAGCUAAACGUGUCGCCGCCACCGCUGCCCGUGUCUUUUUUCUAUCCGUGCGUCUAACGAGAGUAAAUAAAAUAAUCAAAUAUAUAUACAUAUAUAUAUAUAUAUAUAUAUGGUGUGAAAAAAGGUGAGAAAGAAAUAUAAUUGUACGAUGAGUCCCUCAUCCUGGAUGACUUAUUUAUCGUGCCCGAUCGAGAGACGCAAGUAAGCUGGUUCGAGCUAUUUUUUUUAAAUGUGUCACCACGGACGAGUAUGACUCUGGCUGGAUCAGACCAUUUCUUAACGGGCUUGUUUUUAGUACCUGUGGAAGCGACUGCAUUUCUGGGUGCCGUUGCUGGUUUUAUCGUCCUAUUGCUGGCCAUCUUUCUCUAUCUUUCUCGUAAGUGGUGCUUCACACCGCCCACCUCGGCAGCCCUCUUUGGUGGAGUUUGCGUUCCGCUUUGCGACUCCAGCAAUAGCUCUGCAUCUCAAAUAUCGAAAAAUAUAGGAAAAGCAUUUUCUUAUUCGGAUCCAGAAACGAGCUCCGAUUCGGAAGAAGACGCUUUACGAAGAUUGAAUUCGCAUCCUCAUCCACCACCAGAUACGUUGACUAUACAAGCCGAGGAUGGUCCAGCGAUCGUUGAUGCUGGAACUACUUCAAGUAGUUGCACCGAGGAACAUUCGCCGGCAGCAUCACAGCAACAGUGCGUAGUGGAAGUUGGUGCCUCCAGUAUUAUACUCGAUAAUAGAGAACAGGAGGCAGAGAUCGAACAGAAUGUACCUACGACGAAUAAUGUUAUCACGACAAUGGGAACCGUGCCAGAAGAAAUUGGUAGUUUAGAAGUCGCUUUUCUUUACGAUGCACCUAUGCGUGAGAUGACGGUACAAGUUUUACAAGGACGAAACUAUCCAGCCGGAAUCGGUGGUAGUCAAGUGCGUUUAGUAUUGUUACCAUCUAAGAAGCAAAGACGUAAGACUCGCGUUAAACAGGGUAACUCACCCCAAUAUAUGGAAAGUUUCCUUCUCCCUCGUGUUAAUCCGGAGGAUGUGAACGCUAUGGGAGUACGGUUGAGAGUUUAUUUAUGGGGUGGAAGAAUGCGUAGAGAAAGAUUGCUCGGAGAAGCUAGAGUCUCCUUCGAUCAAAUCAACCUACAACUCGAAACCACUCUUUGGUUAACUUUACAACCACCGCCAUCUUCGGUUCAGGAUUGGGGUACGAGCAGCAGUUUGACGCGUAGCGAUUCUACGGGUUCUCAACAAUCUGUUCAAUCAUACGCAUCACCUACCAUACCACCAUACGGGAGUAGCAUGAAAGGUGGAAGCGUUGCGGAAAUAUUAAUAGGGCUAUCUUAUAACGGUACAACUGGACGAUUAUCGGUAGAAAUUAUCAAGGGUUCUCAUUUCCGUGGGGGUGGUGGCAACGAUACUAAACCACCGGAUACUUAUGUGAAAUUGGCUCUGGUCGAUAGCAAUGGUCAUGAGAUGAGUCGAUCUAAGACGGGUUUGAAAAGAGCCCAACCAAAUCCACUUUAUAAGGAAACCUUUGUUUUUCAGGUCGCUCUUUUCCAAUUAGGUGACGUGACCCUUUUGGUUUCGGUUUAUAAUCGGCGAAGAGGCGGUAUGGGCAAGAAGGGAAGAGAAAUGAUCGGUUGGCUCUGUUUAGGUUUUAACAGUUCCGGAUCAGAAAAAUUGCAACAUUGGAACGACAUGCGUGCAGCCCGACAGCCAACGCAAGUUCAACGCUGGCACUCACUUUUACGUCCUUGAAGCGAGAAAAGGAUUCGCUCUAAGAACGAUACAAAGAUUUUCCUCGUCUUUAGGCAUUUAUUUCAAACAACAUCGGACAAAGCGAGUCCCGCCGCGUGCACUGCCGACUGGAAAAAGAAAACGAAGAAAAAUGAAACCACACAUACGCGCACGAAUCCAAUAAUAAGCGUCUCAUCUGUCGAUAGAUAGAUAGAUACUGCGUUACAAUCAGAGCUGCUUGCUAUCGUAAUAUAAGCGCUAAAAAGAAAGAAAAACGAAAAAAAAAAACUCUGAGUUGUAAACUCUAUACUCGAUGUACCAAGUACAUACAUACAUACAUUCCCCUUUUUGAUACGGUGGAGGGAGUCGAGGGUGUUUUCGAUAUAUUUCAUCCACUAUACGGUGGCACCACCGACUUCGUCGACAUCACGAAUUUGUGGCAUGAGAACUCUCCGACUCGGAUAUAUGUGCCUGAGCCAAAACCUUGAUCGUUUAUUUUUUACUUUGUGCCUUUCACCCUUUUUAGGAAAUGUCGCGAUAGUCCCAACUGUGACACUUGUGACACAUAGGGAAGACGUCUAAGGAAAGGAGAGAACGAGCGCGCGUGUAUGUAUGUGUGUGUGCAUGUGCGUGUAUGCUUCUUUGUGCAAUGAGAGUAAAAGAAAGAACAAGAAAAAAUUAGAGAGACAAAGAGAGAGAGAGAGAGAGAGAGAGAGAAAGAGAAAGAGAAAGAAAGAAGGAAAAUGAAUCAUAAAUUCGAUUCGAGCUGCAAGUGUGCCGAGUUUUAUCUUUGCUCCGCGGUACUUUUUCAAUAUAUAUAUAUAUGUAUGUAUAUAUAUAUAUAUAUUCUAGUAUGCAGUAAUUCCUUCAUACCAAUUAGUACGACGGAUUUGGUGUCUUGAGAUGAUGGUUCGAGAAUGGAUUGGCGUUGUGCGAUGCUGAAUGAUAAGUAUAUGAUGACGAGGACACGUUCACAAUUCAAUGACGCACAAUAAAUCGCAAAACGCACCCCGUUGAUGCAGAUGUGAUGAUGAUCAUAGAUUAUCGAUUUUAUUAUCGACAUAAAAAUUUAUGCGAUUGUAAUUUAUAAGUACGAAUAGAUCUAUAUAGUUACGUUACUACUAUCUACGCGUUUAAUAAUAGAAGGAAUUGGAUAGUGAAGAAGAAGAAGAAGAAGAAGCAACAAAAAAAUAGAAAAGAAAAAAAAGAAACGGGCGAGAGAGACUGAUCAACGGAUAAGCUACGAAUCAUUUAGAGCUUGAUUUUUUCAAGCCUUACAAUAUGUAAUAGUCUUUUAGUCAUUAAUGAAACAAAAAAAAAAA